UGCCGGCGGAGAAGCGGCGAGCGGGACGCGGCCGCGCUCGGCCCCGCCGCCCGCAGCCCCCGGAGCCGCGGCAUGCACGGCCCCGAGCAGCCAGCUGGUGGACAGCGGCGCUGAGGGGCCGGGCCGGAGCCCCGGGCGGCAGCAGCAGCAGCAGCGGCAGCAGCAGCAGCAGCAGCGGCAGCAGCAGCGGCAGCAGCAGCAGCAGCAGCAGCGGCAGCAGCAGCAGCAGCGGCAGCAGCAGCAGCAGCAGCGGCAGCAGCGGCAGCAGCAGCAGCCCGGCGGCAGCACCAUGGACAGCUCAGGUGCCUCGUCACCAGACAUGGAGUCCAGCUAUGGGGGAGGCCUGCUGGACAUGGUGAAGGGAGGAGCAGGGAGGCUCUUCAGCAACCUGAAGGACAACCUGAAGGACACCCUGAAGGACACCUCCUCCAAGGUCAUGCAGUCUGUGGCCAGUUACACCAAGGGAGAGCUGGACAUUUCCUACAUUACCUCAAGGAUCAUAGUGAUGUCUUUUCCUGCUGAGGGCGUGGAGCUGGGCUUCAGGAACCACAUUGAGGAUGUCAGGACGUUCCUGGACUCCAGGCACCCCGACCACUACACCGUGUUCAACUUGUCACCCAAAUAUUAUCGCAGUGCCAAGUUCCACAACAGGGUGUCUGAGUGCAGCUGGCCCGUCCGGCAGGCGCCCAGCCUGCACAACCUCUACGCUGUCUGCAAGAACAUGCACAACUGGCUGCAGCAGAACCCCAAAAACGUCUGUGUCAUCCACUGCAUGGACGGCCGUGCAGCCUCAGCAGUUCUGGUCAGUGCAAUGUUCUGUUUCUGUCACCUCUUCUCCCAUCCUGGCCCUGCUGUGCAGCUGCUGAACACAAAGAGACCUGGAAUUAUACUGUGGCCAUCUCACAGGAGGUACAUAGGGUACAUUUGUGACCUAAUAGCAGACAAACCUGUCAUCCCCCACUGCAAACCACUCACGAUCAAGUCAGUCACCCUCAGCCCCGUCCCCUGCUUCAACAAGCAGCGCAACGGCUGCCGGCCCUUCUGCGACAUCCUCAGCGGAGAGACCAGGAUCCUCACCACUUCCCAGGAGUAUGAGAGGAUGAAAGAAUACCGUGUGCAGGAAGGGAAGGUGCUGAUCCCACUGGGAGCCACUGUCCAUGGAGAUGUUGUUGUCUCUGUCUACCACAUGAGAUCGACCAUCGGGGGACGCCUCCAAGCCAAAAUGACCAACACACAAAUAUUCCAAAUUCAAUUUCAUACUGGAUUCAUAGCCCUGGGAACAACCACUCUCAAAUUCACCAAGCCUGAGCUGGAUGCCUGUGACUCUCCAGACAAAUACCCUCAGCUCUUUCAUGUUAUACUGGACAUAGAAAUUCAGUCUGCAGACAGACAAACUGAAUUAACUCCCCCAUGGGAGAACUUCACGACAAAAGACAUCAAUCCCUCCAUUCUCUUCUCCUCCCACCAGGAGCACCAGGACACUCUUGCUUUGGCAGGUAGAGGUGCCACGGAUUCCCCCCAGGAUAACAUCAGGAAUGUUGGGCAGAGUGCAUUCUUCUCCUCUCUCAGCUGGCAAGAUCAGAAAUCUGACAAAAGUAGCUCUCACCCCACCUCAGAGGAUCGAGCAGCGUUGGUGCAUGAGGAAAGCGAACAGUCAGAUGACGAACUCUUGUCCCUUUCCAGUCAGCACAGUAAUGCCAGCGGUGACAAGCCCCACGGGACACCCAAACACAGCAAAAAGCAGCAGGAGCCUCCAGCAGCACCUCCCCCUGAAGACGUGGACCUGCUGGGCCUGGAUGGCAGCCCCAUGAGCAAGAGCUUUCCCUCGCAGCCCAGCGCUGCCCCCUCUAACUCUGAGCUGCUGAAUGAUUUGUUUGGGGUCGGAGGGCCGAGCUGCCAGAGCCCUGCUGGAGCUGGAGCUGGAGCUGGAGCUGGAGCUGCUGCUGCUGCUGCUGAGGAGGUUUUCCAUGUGGGGGCACCUGGAUCUGUGCAGUCGACCCCGCGGCGCUCGGCAGCUUCGGCGUCGCCGUCCCCGUCCCCGAGGGUAGGAGAAGCCACUGCCUUUGAUCCUUUUGGAAGUAGCCCCAAACAAACUGGUCCAGAUCUCCUGGGCUCCUUCCUUGGCUCAUCAGCUGUCCCUGGGGAUCCUUUCCUUCAAGCCACAAGAAGCCCUUCACCAACUGUGCACAGUGAUCCUUUUCACAUGGCUUCAAGCACCCCAACUGUUUCCAUCCAACCAGAUGUUUCCAGUGGUUGGGACUGGCCCAACAAAGCAGGUGGUCUAGGAAUGGGGAGUAAGUCUGCUGCCACCAGUCCUACAGGAUCCCUCCACAGCACUCCCACUCAUCAGGCUAAACCCCAAACACUGGAUCCAUUUGCUGAUCUGGGAAGUCUUGGAGCCAAUUUAGCAGGUGGCCCCUCGUUCUCCAGCAAGCCGACCACGCCGACGGGCAUGGGUGGGGGCUUCCCCCCGUCGCCGCAGAAGCCACCGCCGCAGCCCAUGGGUGGCAGCGGGUGGCAGCAGGGCACGGGCUACGGCUGGCAGGGGGCACAGCCCAAAGGCCAGCCCGGCGUGCCCCACGCCUCCCCCCAGAACAAGCCCAACUACAACGUCAGCUUCUCGGCCACGGGGGCGCAGGGCGAGCGGGGCAAAGGAGCUGCGAAUGUUGAUUCCAAGCCAAAAGUGUCUGCAGAUUUCGAAGAUUUAUUAUCUGGUCAAGGCUUUAAUGCUCACAAGGACAAGAAGGGCCCCAAAACAAUAGCUGAGAUGAGAAAAGAAGAAAUGGCAAAGGAGAUGGACCCUGAAAAACUAAAAGUGCUGGAGUGGAUCGAAGGGAAGGAGAGGAAUAUCAGGGCUCUGCUGUCCACCAUGCACACGGUGCUGUGGGCAGGGGAGACCAAGUGGAAGCCUGUGAGUAUGGCAGACCUGGUGACUCCAGAGCAGGUGAAGAAGGUGUACAGGCGGGCCGUGCUCGUCGUUCACCCCGACAAGGCUACUGGGCAGCCAUAUGAACAAUAUGCAAAGAUGAUAUUUAUGGAGCUGAACGAUGCCUGGUCAGAAUUUGAAAACCAAGGACAAAAACCCUUGUAUUAGAUCAUGGUGUAGGAGCUGUCCCACAGACAUCCCCAGACCACGUCUGAUCUCUGAGGUCACUCCAGUGCAAAUUGAUUCGCUUAAAAGUUUAUAUUGGACCAAAGCAAUGACAUCACAAGGGAAUCUCUCUGUUGCUGAAGCAGCUUUCCUAGUUCAAAAGCGAGUUGAAAUUCAAACUUCACCCCAAAUUCUGGCGUUCUUUUGUAGAGUAACUAAAGCUAGCAGUUUAUUUACCAACACCUAUCUGUAUUUGAGGGAUACUCAUUAGAUGGGCAGGGAAUAAUGUGUAUUUACUGCCUCAGGAACAGGUUGCCAUCGGAUGUGAGUCCUUAAGGCUGGUGGUUUUUCCAAGACAAUCCACUACUUGUUGCACUUACAUUUUCAAGUGGCAAAGCUAUUACUGCAAAGACAGUGUGUCAAGGUACAUGGCUUUCUGUAUAAAACUCAUCCUUUUGUUGUACUGAUCCAUUAUUUACUGCCAUUAACUGAAAAUGUGAAACCAACACAUAGGUCUCCUUUUAUAUAAAAGACCUUAAGAUAAUAGUAACAAACUGGAUGUUAUUUAUUAAUGUUUUGAUCCAGUAUGUGCUUGUCUUAUUUAAAGAGAUAACUGGAAUGUGAAUCAUGUUCCUGUGAUUUGUUGAUUUAUUGUUUCUCAUUCACAUUUGUAGAUAUUGUGACCUAUGCCUAUAUAAUAAAAAGGAUCUCAUUGCUAUAACGUACUUUUUUUUAAUGAUGAAAACCUCAUUAGCUUUGUAUCGAGUUUGUCACAGCACAUAACUCUGGAUACUCAUCCAUUCACAAAAUACAAACCCACCAUUAAACUUUACCAAAAAACAAAACCCCUCUACCCCACUUAAGCUUUGAUUACUUCCAUCCCUAAUGUUUUUAUGGAUGCAUGAAAGUAUUAGGACGUAUGUAUAUCCAAAUAGUUAACUGAAAAAAAUCCAUUCUUGUCAUAUCUGGUAGUGACAGAGGUUAUCAAUGUUCAGGUUUACUGUUUGACUAAAUUAUUGUAAUUUUUGUAAAUACGGUAUAUACUUGACAAAAUUGUGACUGGUCUAAAACAUUUGUAUAUACAUUAAAAAGCUCAAAUUAACAAA